CGAGUCCCUUCACCCAAUUUUACAACCGAGUCGCAUUCAACAUUGUAAUUGAUACAAAAUCCUAUCCAAUUUGCUUGCGCUCAUAAUACCUUUUUCUCCCAUUGUAUGCUGGGAUUAUUUACUACAUUCUAUGCUGCAACGCCGAGUACAUACUCCAUUUUCCUGUUCGCGACGCGCCGUCCAAGAAAACCUGCGGCUUGCGCCGACUCCAAACAUCGCUUCCAUCCAAACGAUUCACGAUUGAUACUUGAACCAUGGAGAUCGACGACACUUCUGAUCAAUACUUCACCUAUGAUGGAAGAUUAACUUCCUUCAAGUCGGCGAAACCAACGGGACGACGGCCAUCCAAUGCCAAAGGCAAGGCACCUAAGGCUAUUUCUUGGCCACACAAACAAUUGGAUCCCACUCAAUUUGCUCAAGCCGGAUUUUUCUUCGAACCUACCCCCGAAGCUCCAGACAAUACCGUAUGUUUCCUGUGCUUAAAGGCGUUGGCAGGAUGGGAAGAGAACGACAGUCCCCUAGAGGAGCAUCUACGAUUGUCUCCACAUUGUGGUUGGGCCAUUGUGGCUGCUAUCGAGGCGGGUCUGGGAGAUUAUGCUUUGGACGAUCCUACCGGUGCUGAAAUGGCUGAUGCCCGGAAAGCCACUUUUGGUGGGCGAUGGCCACACGACGGGAAGAGAGGCUGGAAAUGCAAGACCAAGCAGCUUGUGGAGGCAGGAUGGAAGUACACCCCAACUGCAGAGUCUGAUGACAUGGCAACUUGCACCUAUUGUUCCCUCGCGCUUGACGGGUGGGAACCUAAAGAUAACCCCUUGGAUGAACACUAUAAACGAUCACCCGAUUGCCGUUUUUUUGAAUUGAUGAACCAUUAUAAGAAAGGACCAGCGAAGAAGAAGGGCAGAGGCAAAGGCACCAGAGCCUCCCAGUCAUCUCGACUAUCCGCGCAGUCGGCUACUACGACAGCCGCAUCAGACAUAACCUCCGUACUUGACCAUACAACCGACCACGAAGAUAGCGUCAUGACUACCACCUCUGUUGUGACCCAAAGUAGUACCAAGCGUUCUAGGACAAAGAAAGCCCCGGUUUCAAAGGGAAAGAAGACUCGAGCUAGAAAGGACGAAGCCGUCGAAGUUCUUGAAGAUGAACCUGAACCAGAAGAACCACCCCCGAAGCCAGCCCGGGGACGCAAGCGAACUAGCGACGCUCUCGAAGACUCGGUACUGUCGACCGCGGCGGCUCCAGUGGCUAAAAAGCGAGCUACACGAACCCGAAAGGCUAGCACUGCUGAUACAUCUGUGGUUAACCACGAAACUGAUCAAGAAAUGUCUGACGUACAAUCUGCCACAAAGCCAAAAGCGAGAAGUAAAAAGGGCAAGUCGACAACUACUCGCAAGUCUAGGAAAGUUUCAGCGGCAUCGACAACUUCAACUACUUCCCACCAAGACGAUGUGGCUCAUAUGUUAGAUGAUGAGGAGCUUGAUCGACAAUUGCAAGCUGACCUCGAUCGACCUCUAUCGGACGAUGAAAACAUCGCGGCCGAUUCAGACUCAGACCGCAAGAAAGCUCCAACCAAAGCGAAGGGCAAGAAGACCGUCACAAGGAAAGCAGUUCGUGCAAGCCAAUACCCAGCACCUAACGAUCAUGCGAUGUUUGAUCCGGAGCCCCCUCAGAUUGAUGAAGCUGCAAUUGAAGCUGAGAUGAAAGCAUUGGAGACUGAGAUGGAAGUUGAACAGGCAGAGACACUUGAAGUUCCCAAAAAGGGUCGCAAGGCCGGUACUAGAAAGGCAUCCAAACAGACAACGAAGAAAGUCAAAGAGCCACCGGCCCCUGAGCCGGAGCCUAUGCCCCAAGAAGACGUCGAGACAGCAGCUGUCGAUGAACUAGCUGAAGGUCACGAUGUCAGCAUGGCCAGCAAUGCAACUGUGGUCCGGACAAGCCUGUCAUCAAAUGCCGCACCCAAAAAGCGCGGUAGGCCCAGUAAAAAGGCAGCAGCAGCAGAGCCGGACACGAGACUUGAUGAGCUUGCCGACUUAGAAAUUAGAGUUGAAUCUUCACCCCAAGUAGGACAGGAUAACUCUAGCAAGCUUCCAGAGAAGGCACACUCGUCAAAGACAAAGGUUUUAUCCGAAGCCACCCUCGCCUCUCCCCCUUCGUCAGACAAGCCUCUCCCUCCACCUCCCGCUGAAUUGGAUGAACCCCAGGGUCCGGCAACUCCAAAGACCUUGGUAUCUCCAGCCCCAGCCGCAAAGCAGGCUGCAGUGUCACCUUCACAAUCACCGCAGACAUCCAACGCCGAGAACGAGCCGCCCUCUUCUAAGCCCUCAAACACGGCGAAUAGCAACCGAAUUGUCUUGGCUCCUGUUGCUGUUACCCCCGUGCGAACUUCCCCAUCUAGACGCAACGUCCUAGCUGGCUUACAGAGCAACGUUCCGUGGACCACUGUGGACGUCGAAGCAAUUUUUGAAGAUUUGGACAAGGAAAAUACUUUAGGAUCGGCCAAGUUGAGGAAUGGAACGGAUCUUAACAGUCCGGAGAAGCGGAUGACUGUGGAAGAGUGGAUUUACCACAACGCUGUAGAGGCAGAGCAGAAGUUGAGACAUGAGUGCGAGGCUAUGGUUACGUCUUUUGAGAAGGAAGGAACUAAGGCUAUGCAGGCGCUUGAGGGUCUAGUCAUUGAUUAAAGACCAGAAGGAAAUGAAUUCUGUGAUGUUGCUUUUGUUGGUGAUGAUCUGGUCUACUAGGGUUUGAUUACCGGAAUACGGAACGGAGUCUGGGAUUGAAUGUUAAUGAUGGCCACGUUGGUGUUGACGGGUUUGUUUAUGGAUCCUGGUAUCGGACCGGAUGAGAAAAAAACGUAGAUAUUGAUGCUUGUCAGCCUGAUUAUUACUCAAUGAAUAAUAUGAGGAAUUGCAUGCGGGAUGUUGAUGUGAUUGUGUUCUGUAUGGUUGGUGUGGGAGUGUGUUAUGCGUUCAUGCUCCGUACGUUUUUCAUGAUGGAAUUACAGGC